AUGAAGUGCUUGAUUGCGACCACCGUAGUUUUGAAUCUGCUUUUAUGUUUAUUCAUCACUCCAGGCAUCACCGAAGAGGAAUCGACGGACCAAGUUUCGAUUAUUGCCGAACAGGAGGAGCAAACGGUACCAGCCCAGGAUGAAGCCAUGUCCGCUGGUAGCGAACCAACAACCUUGGGUGACAUCGAUAGCGAAGAUGUCAAUACGGAGUCUACCGUUGGAAUAAGUGGAGUUAACAUAAUUAUUGCACCGAAAGUUUGCCCGAAGGGUCAGAAACUCGAUCAUCGGGGUGUAUGUCGCAAAAUAUCAAAUUUUUAA